AGAUGAGAAUUUACAGCGGCCCCUUGGUUGCCGGCGCCUGGCUUUCGGCGGGGAGGCACCCGGAAGUUGCCGCUAGGCUGCUAGCGCGGCCGCUUCGCCAUGGCGACGGCCGCUCGGCGACGCUUCUGCCGCUGCGCCUGCUUCUGCUCUCAGAACCUGUACGUGGCGCGCUACGGGCUCCACCUGCGCUUCCGGGACGAGCAGCAGUUGCGCCGUGACUAUGGCCCGCUCCUGCGCAGCCGAGGCUGCGUCAGUUCCAAAGACUUCCAGCAACUCUUGGAGGAGCUGGAGCAGGAGGUGGGGCGCCGCCGCAGGCUGGGGCCGGAAUCAGCUGCCAGAAAAGCCCUCAUUGCCAGCACCUACCACCCAGCGAGGCCUGAUGUCUACUGCUCACUGCAGGAUGCGGCUCUGGCCCCUGAGUUUGUGGCUGCAGCUGAAUACAGUGGAUCCCCGGGUGCAGACCUUGAGGGCCUUCUCCAGCAGCUGGAGAUAGUGUCAGAGGAGAAGCGCAUCUACCGGGUGCCUGUGUUCUCGGCGGAGUUCUGCCAGGCCCUGCUGGAGGAGCUGGAGCAUUUCGAGCAGUCGGACAUGCCCAAGGGAAGGCCCAACACCAUGAACAACUAUGGGGUACUGAUGCACGAGCUAGGCCUAGAUGAGCCACUGGUGACACCAUUGCGGGAGCGCUUCCUGCAGCCACUGCUGGCCUUGCUGUACCCAGAGUGUGGUGGGGGCCAGCUUGAUAGCCACCGUGCCUUUGUGGUCAAGUAUGCGCUGGGCCAGGACCUGGAGCUGGGAUGCCACUACGACAAUGCCGAGCUCACCCUCAAUGUGGCUCUGGGCAAGGCCUUCACAGGAGGUGCCCUAUACUUUGGGGGCCUCUUCCAGGCACCUGCAGCCCUGAUGGAACCCCUGGAAGUGAAUCAUGUGGUGGGCCAGGGUAUCCUGCACCGUGGUGGCCAGCUGCAUGGGGCUCGGCCCCUGGGCACCGGAGAGCGCUGGAACCUUGUCAUCUGGCUCCGGGCAUCUGCUGUUCGAAACCGCCUCUGUCCUAUGUGCUGCCAGAAGCCAGAGCUAGUGGACGAUGAGGGCUUCGGUGAUGGCUUCACCCGGGAGGAGUCUGCCGUGGUAGAUGUAUGUGCACUGACUUGAGCCUGGUCCCCCAGUGGUGUUAGUGCCAUGGCAGCAGGAAACUGCCAUCUUGGGUGGGGAGGGCAGAAAUAAACUCUAUAGCCAUGACCCUCCUUGGGUCAAAGGGACACGCUGACUCCUCGGUCACUCUUUGGACAGAUGAGCUGUCUUAGGACAGAACUGCUGGAAGACAAGUCGAGUUUAGAUGAAGUAUUGAGGUCAAGGGUGGAGCAGGUUCAGGAAGGGAAGGAGCCCCAAAGAAUGUGAUUUCCAGUGAUGUCCAGCCUCAGCCUGCUCCCUGGGGAGCUCUGCCUCGGGUGGGGGACCCAGUCAGUGACUCCUUGGAUAGGGUGGCUCCCAGGGAUUUAAGUGGGGUUCAUUGGUCUAUCAGCAGUGCUGGCGAGUGGGGAGCCAGACUUUUUGGGUUCAAGCCUCUGUUCUGGCGUGUCCAGCUGGGCAGCUCUGAAUUUGUUUGCAGCCUGGGUGUUGUGACGAGUUGACAUUUAUAAAGCACUUUAUAACAGC